GAAGCCUGGUUGCCAUUCUCUGAAUUGCCGGGCCUCCAAAACAUUGUCCUUACUGGAGUCGACAAUCCUGCAAUUGAACGUCUGUCAGACGCUCUUCCUGACGCCUCGCGCCAGCUCAUGAGCAGCAGGAAAUCUGUCACCAAUUCUGGUGCCAUCUUACCGCGAGAUAGUGGCCGUUUGAAACAGCAGAACCGUCCAUCGGUUUCUGGCAGCCGAAAACCUUCCAGAUGA